AUGGCGUUAGCUAUUCCCGAAGGCGACAUCCCUCCUGUUGAAGAAUACGAUCCUGAAGCAGAGGAUCGAGAUGAAUCGUUCGUGGAGAAGCUUGCCCAAGAUUUCACUGAAGCUGAAGAGCCAAUCCUUCACGAUGUUUACCUAGAUAGCGACGACGAAGCUGGAGAACAUCGUGGUGGUGGAGACAGAGGGACGCACAUCAACCGUGGAGAUGGGACGAUGUACGUAGGGCAAAAGUUCUUCAAUGGGAUCGCGUUCAAGGAAUGUGUCACUGAUUAUGCAUUGCUAACAGGCUACAAUUUGAAACAAUACAGGUACGAUAGGGAUAGACUCGGGUUUAGGUGUGUAGGUGCUAAGGGUAAAUGCGAGUGGAAAGUGUAUUGUGCAUCUUUGCAAAAUGAGUCAAUGUGGAAGGUUACACGAUACAACAAUAAGCAUAUUUGUGUUGCUAAUGGAGAAUGUGAGAUGUUUAAGGUGCCAGUUAUAGCAAGGCUGUUUCUUGACAAGAUUAGAGAAGAUCCUAAGUAUUACAUGCCUCAGAAGAUGGAACAGAUUAUAAUGGAGAAGUGGAAGAUUUCGGCUACUAGACCUCAGUGUCAAGUUGCUCGGAGAAAGGCCUUGGCUUGGAUUGAGCUGGAGUAUGAUAGUCAGUUUGCACGUCUAAGGGAUUAUGCAGCUGAGAUAUUGGAAGCAAAUCAAGGGUCUAUUGUGGAGGUUGACACGAUUAGGAAUGAAGCUGGCCAGGACAUUUUUAACCGCUUCUAUGUGUGCUUUGAUGUGUUAAGGAGAACUUGGAAAGAGAGUUGUAGGCCACUAAUUGGAGUGGAUGGUUGUUUCUUGAAAUCAAAGAUCAAGGGUCAGUUAUUGGUGGCAUUAGGAAGGGAUGCAGACAAUGCUAUUUAUCCAAUAGCAUGGAGUGUUGUUCAGGUUGAAAACACUGACAAUUGGCAAUGGUUUGUCAAGAGACUGAAGAUUGAUCUUGACUUAGGAGAUGGGGAUGGUUUCAUCAUGGUUUCUGACCGUCAAAAGGGGUUGAUUAAGGCUGUGGAGUUAGAGUUACCAAAUAUUGAGCAUCGUAAAUGUGUCAGGCACAUUUAUGGAAAUUUAAAGAAGAAUCACCCCAAUAAAAAACAGAUGAAGAAGCUCUUAUGGGACUCGGCAUAGAGUUACAACACUAGACAAUAUGAGGAGAGAUUGGAGAGGAUUCAUGCUUAUGAUUCAAAGGUGCAUGAGGAUGUCCUGAAGACAAAACCCAAGACAUGGUGCAGGGCAUUUCACAAGGUUGGUAA